ACACAAUUUAUUUAAAAGGAAAGUAACUUCAAACAGGUUGAGUCUAUGGUUUUGUACCACCUGUAGCCAUGAACCUUUUGGAAAUACUUUGUUUUUUAAUUUUUCUGGAGACAAGUUGGGGACAGGAACAAAUCUAUGUCAUUUCAGCACCAAAAGUAUUUCAUGUUGGAGCAUCUGAAAAUAUUGUAAUUCAAGCUUAUGGAUACACCGAAGCAUUUGAAGCAACAGUCUCUAUCAAAAGUUAUCCUGAUAAAAAAAUUAUUUACUCUUUGGGUUAUGUUAUUUUAUACCCAGAAAAUAAAUUCCAAAACUCUGCAGUCUUAAUGAUACAACCCAAACAGCUGCCUGGAGGACUAGACUCUGUUUCACAUGUGUAUUUGGAAGUUGUUUCCAAGCAUUUUUCAAAAUCGAAAAAAAUGCCGAUAAGCUAUGACAACGGCUAUCUCUUCAUUCAUACAGACAAACCUGUGUACACUCCACACCAGUCAGUAAAGGUUAGAGUUUAUUCUCUGAAUGAUGACUGGAAGCCAGCCAAAAGAAAAACUAUUUUAACUUUCAUUGAUCCCCAAGGAUCAGAAGUCGACAUGGUAGAAGAAAAUGAUUAUACUGGAAUUAUCUCUUUUCCGGACUUCAAGAUUCCAUCUAAUCCUAUAUUUGGUGUGUGGACAAUCAAAGCUAAAUAUAAAGAGGACUUCUCAACAGCUGAAGCCACAUACUUUGAAAUUAAAGAAUAUGCCUCGCCACACCUUUCUAUAUCAAUAGAACCAGAAGGUAAUUUCAUUGGAUACAAGAACUUUAAGAAUUUUGAAAUUACUGUAAAAGCAAGAUAUUUUUACAACAAAGUAGUCACUGAGGCUGAAGUUUAUGUCACUUUUGGAAUAAGAGAAGAUGUAGAAGAUGAUCGAAAAGAAAUGAUGCCAAAAGCAAUGCAAAACACCAGGUUGGUAAAUGGAACUGCUCACAUCACAUUUGAUUCUGAAACAGCAGUUAAAGAGCUGUCAUAUCACAGUCUGGAAGAUUUAAACAACAAAUACCUUUAUAUUGCUGUCACAGUCAAAGAGUCUAGAGGUGGAUUUUUUGAAAAGGCAGAAGUACCUGGCAUCAAAUAUGUUCUCUCUCCCUACAAACUGAACUUGGUUGCUACUCCUCUUUUCUUGAAGCCUGGGAUUCCAUAUUCUAUCAAGGUGCAGGUCAAGGAUUCUCUGGACCAGUUGGUGGGAGGGGUCCCUGUGACCCUGAAUGCACAAAGUGUGGAUGAAAACCAAGAGACGGCGGACUUGGAAUUGCAGAAAAGCGUCACACGUCUGGAUGAUGGAGUAGCCUCGUUUGUAGUUAAUCUCCCAUCUGGAGUGAAGGCACUGGAGUUUCAUGUCAAAACUGAUGUCCCAGAUCUUCCAGAAGAAAAUCAGGCCAGCAGAGAUUACCAAGCAACAGCAUACUCAUCUCUCAGUCAAAGUUACCUUUAUAUCGAUUGGACUGGAAACUAUAAGCCUCUGCUAGUGGGAGAAUAUCUGAAUAUUACUGUUACUUCCAAAAGCCCAUAUAUUGACAAAAUAACUCAAUAUAAUUACUUGAUUUUAUCCAGGGGCAAAAUUGUACACUUUGGCACAAGAGAGAAGGUUCUAGAUUCAUCUAAUCAAAGUAUAAACAUUCCAGUGACUCAGAACAUGGUUCCUUCAGCUCGACUCCUGGUCUAUUACAUCGUCACAGGAGAGCAGACUGCAGAGUUGGUGUCUGACUCAGUCUGCCUAAAUAUUGAAGAGAAAUGUGACAACCAGCUCCAGGUUCAUCUGUCUCCAGAUGCAGAUGCAUAUUCUCCAGGUCAAACUGUAUGUCUUAACUUGGCCACUGAGUCAGAGUCCUGGGUGGCAGUGGCAGCGGUGGACAGUGCUGUGUAUGGAGUCCCAGGAGCCAGAAAGCCCAUGGAAAGGGUGUUCCAAGCUCUAGAGAAGAGUGACCUGGGCUGUGGGGCAGGUGGUGGCCGAAACAAUGCAGAUGUGUUCCAUCUGGCUGGACUCACCUUCCUCACCAAUGCGAAUGCAGAGGACUCCCAAGACAAUGAUGAACCUGGUAAAGAAAUUCUUAGGACACUAAAAAGUCUGCAACGGCAAAUACAGGAACCAGAUGAACCUGGCAAAGAAAUUAAGCCAAUUUCAGCAGGAAACCUGCAACAGAUAAUAGAGGAACAAGUUACUAAAUACAAAUAUGAAGUGCCAAAGAAGUGUUGCCGUGAUGGAGCCCAUCGUAACGAUGAUGAAACCUGUGAGCAGCGCGCUGCACGGGUCACCAGAAGCACAUACUGUGUUAAAGCUUUCAAGGAAUGUUGCAUCAUCGCAAACCAGUACCGAGAUAAUGAAUCACAUAAAGGGCCCCUUCUGCUUGGGAGGAGUCCAGAACUCCAAGUUGAUACUGUACUAUAUGGUGUGGGGCUUGGCUCUGAGGUUCAUGCACUGUCAGAGUGAAAUGAUUGAGGACUCGCAAAGAUUUCAACCUCUUCCUAGCCAUACUGGAAUAUGCUCAAUUUCACUUCCUGUGAGGCUUAGUUUUUGUACAUUGCACAUAUUUUCUAUGCCUUCCAUUUUUCUGGAAACCAAAGGAGAAAAUCAGACUUAAAUAGAAAAUGAUAAAGUUCCUUCCUUGUACUUUUGGAAUAAGUACCCUUGGUUCCAUAUGAGGUUUCUUUUCAUAAUUAUGAUUUAUCAACCUUUGUGAUAAAUGAGAAAAAAGUGACUAAAAACAAAUUUACCAAAGCAGCUAAACUGCCACCUAUGCUUGGUAAUUAUACUCAUCUGACUAUCAGACCUCAAGACCUGUAACAGAGGACAGAGGAGUGUGUCUAUUGCCAGUCCCACUGACUACUGUGAGGAGAACAAGCAACCAGCCAGGGAAGAGCUGGAAAACUCCACAGUGCACACCAUGCUACAUUCUGCAGUCUAGCCCAAGAGAUGACCACAGUUAUUACACUGGGCUACUGCCGAAUAUUAACUGUACAGAAGGAUAUCAGGCCCCUAAAAUGAUGCUGUGCUUAUGAACAUAAAUACUUUUAUCAGAAUAUGUAGCUUAAUAAAACAUUUAUCACCCA